UCACAGUCCUACUUCCGCUUCCUUCCACUGAGGAGUCGGGGCCGUCCCCCACUUUUCUCACCCAGGAGGCGGCGGCGGCGGCGACGGCCUCGGCAGCUUGCGAUGUUUGGCCUCAAAAGAAACGCAGUAAUCGGACUCAACCUCUACUGUGGGGGGGCCGGGUUGGGGGCCGGCAGCGGCGGCGCCGCCUCAUCGGGAGGGCGGCUUUUGGCUUCGGGGAAGGAGGCCACGGCCCGGAGGGAGAUAGGGGGAGGGGAAGCCGGUGCGGUGAUUGGCGGAAGCGCCGGCGCUAGUCCCCCGGCCACUCUCGCGCCGGACGCCCGGAGGGUCGCGCGGCCCUCGCCCAUUGGCGCCGAGGGUCCCGACGUCACGGCGACCCCCCCGAGGCUACUGUUCCUCGAGCCCACCCGCCGCGCGUCGCCGCCUGAAGAGAUGGAAGGCCCAGCCGCCGACGCCAUCAUGUCGCCCGAAGAGGAGCUGGACGGGUACGAGCCGGAACCUUUGGGGAAGCGGCCGGCUGUCCUGCCUUUGCUGGAGUUGGUCGGGGAGGCCAGCGGUGGCCCUUGUACGGACGGCUCACUGCCCUCGACGCCACCCCCAGCAGAGGAGGAGGAAGACGAGUUGUACCGGCAGUCGCUGGAGAUUAUCUCUCGGUACCUUCGGGAGCAGGCAACAGGCGCCAAGGACGCGAAACCGCUGGGCGGGUCUGGGGCGGCCAGCCGGAAGGCGUUAGAGACCCUCCGACGGGUCGGGGACGGGGUACAGCGCAACCACGAGACGGCCUUCCAAGGCAUGCUUCGGAAACUGGACAUCAAAAAUGAAGACGAUGUCAAAUCUUUGUCUCGAGUGAUGGUCCAUGUUUUCAGUGACGGAGUAACAAACUGGGGCAGGAUUGUGACUCUUAUUUCUUUUGGUGCCUUUGUGGCCAAACACUUGAAGAGUAUAAACCAAGAAGGCUGCAUCGAACCAUUAGCAGAAAGCAUCACAGAUGUUCUCGUAAGGACAAAACGAGACUGGCUAGUCAAACAAAGAGGCUGGGAUGGGUUUGUGGAGUUCUUCCAUGUAGAGGACCUAGAAGGUGGCAUCAGAAAUGUGCUGCUGGCUUUUGCAGGUGUUGCUGGAGUAGGAGCUGGUUUGGCAUAUCUAAUAAGAUAGCCUUUUAAGUGCAAUAAUUGACUUUUAACCAACCCCAGGCACCACCAAAACAAUAUACAACUGCUGUGAAAUCAAAUGUAUUUAUGAAGUUGGACUUUGAGCUGUCCAGGCUGUAACCUCCGAGAGUUCUACCCUAGCAACGUAGGAAAGCAAGGCAAGAGGAUUAUGGCUAACCGGAAUAAAUACAUGGGAAAAGUAGCCCCCCUUGAAGAGUCACUGUCUAAAGAAAGUUCAGUUUCAGCAACAGGCCAACUUUGGGAGGCCAUGGAGGAGGACUUUUAGAUUUAGUGAAGAUGGUAGGGUUGAAGAGACUUAAUUUCCUUGUCUAGAACAGGAGAGUGGCCAGUAGCCAGGCUAGUCAUAGAGUCCCAUUAAAUUUGUCCACAGAAUUCAUUAACUUCUUAUAGUGUUAAAAGAGAAGCACUAACAAUGGCAUUGAUCUGUAUAAAAUGGAUUUAAGCUACAGAUAAUAGAACUAUGACUAGAAGCCUUAGUACUGUACAACAGAGUUUGAAGGGAAGCUUUUUGUCUGUCAUUAGCUUUCCCAGGUAUACUUCUUGAAUAGAAAGUCCAAGUGCUCAGGACUUUCACACCUGUUCUACUUUGGCUUGGUUUGAGUGGUUUCGUUCAUUAGCCUAGUAAUGGCCAAGAAUACUUGACUUAAGGCUCAGUAAUUACAGUUGCAAAUAUGGGAAUAUCCUCAGUUUUUAAGGCAGAAACAACUUGUAAAUGUAUUUGUCUGUAAAAAUUGUAUAUAUUUUUACAGAAAGUCUAUUUCUUUGAAAUGUAAAGGGAUGGAGAGUCUCACAGUACAUUAGUUUUUUCAUACCCAUUUGAAAUUUACAACUUCUGUAGUUAGGAAUCUAUUUCUUACAGCUUUUCUAUUCUAAAUUUUGCGCUGGUCAGUUGUAGAUUGUAUACAGAACCAAUUUGUGUAAUUGUACACAACUUGGUUUUAAUGGAACAAUUCUGAUUCAUAACUAUGCAGACUUUAAUUUUCCUAUCUGGUUGGUAAGUAUUCCUUAGUUUUUGUUUUUGUUUUUUUAAACCUGGGAUUGAGAAAUUGAGGAAUGGAAAUUCAUCUUUUCACCUCCUUACAUGUGGGCUUUCAAUAAUUGAGUCAAGGUGGAGUUUUUAAGUUUUGGGCCGGGAAGGCGUGUGGGCUGGUAACUUGCAAAAUAAUGGGCUCUGAUUGGACGGCUACUCAUUUGAGUUCCUUCCAUUUGACCUAAUUUAACUGGUGAAAUUUAAAUUGAGUUUAUGAGCUCAUCUUCAAAACUUUUGCUAAAAGAUUUUCAGCUGUUCCAAAUGGGACUUACUAACAGUAUGUAUAUAAAAAGAUCACAUCAGUGGAUGAGAGAUAUUUGAUCCCUUGUGUGCUUAAUAAAUUGUAAAAUGAUGGCUUGGAAAAGCAGGCUUAUAAGUCUAACCAUGGUGCUAUUAUUAGGCUUGCUUGUUAAACACAGGUCUAAGCCUAGUAUAUCAAUAAAACAAAUACUUUUUGUUUCAUUUCUAUUAACGAUUACCAAACUUUGUUUCAGAUUUUUGCAUUGGCAUCUCUUUGGAUUUCAGACUUGACGUUUUAUCGAACUUAACUGUUUAUUUUCUGUCCUUCCUUGAAAUACUUGCUGCUUGUUCUCCCUAUACAGAUAGUUAUUUCAGUCCUUACAUCCUUACCCUGCCAUCCCUGAACUCUUAACUAGCCCUUUUAGUUUUUGGCACUAUGAACCCUAUGUAACACCUCACCCCCCACCCUCCACCCCAGGAGUCCAGAGACCUUCAUCCUUAAUGAAUUUUAUUCUUGGGAGGUGGUAGUACAGUGGGUGCCAUGACCAUAACAGUCAUGUGGUGGGAGGAGUCCCUUUUCCUUGAAUUGGUACCUUUUUCAGUUGUUGCUUUAUCCUAUCUUUGGGGGAAAGUUUUAAAAGUCCCUUUAGGAAUUUUCAGAGGAAGGGACAACAAAUUAGGUGACUUAGUCUCUAAGUUCCUUUGCAUUCAGAAAUGCUCAUUUAAAAUUAUAGAAAGGGAUGGGCUCUGUUAAACCUCAAAGAGUUAAUGUAAAAGCUACUGGUAAACUGAAGAAAGCUUCUGUAGUAGACCUAGGGUCAUUUGAAAGCUUCAUCCACAGAACAUGACCUUUAGUCUGUGGACUCAAGUAGACAUAAAUAAAAUGACUAAGAAUGUAAUAGGGAAGGAUUGCCGUGCCUGCCCAUCGUCAAGCCAUAAGGUCAUCUAGCUGGAGCUAUUUUUACCUAUGUAUUUAUCGUUCUUGAUCAUGCACCACUUAUUUAUGUCAUGUCUAUCUCUAAGGACCUAAAAGCACUUUAUGUAGUUUUUAAUUAAUCUUAAGAUCUGGUAAAGGUGACUAAAAGCUGGUAAAGGUGACUAAAAGGCUUGUCUCCCCAUAUCCAGUUGUGGAAAUAAGCGCAUAGAUGUAAAUUGAAGUUUAGGGAACCCACUUCCCAAUGUACUAGGUGUGACUGCUGAAAUGUAGAGGAGGGUCUUAGUUGAAAGUUUGGGUCGGGCUGUCGGGGCUUAGGGAGCCCAAGUGCUUUAGGGAAGGGUGGGUGGUUUUCUAGGGAGAGGAGGCACACGUUCUAAGUGCUGACUAGCUGCAUAGUUCAAGCAAAUCCUCAAAUGGAGAGGGAGGGGCUGCUUGGAAAGCUGGCUCUCAGCAACUUGUCUUAUGCUUCUCUCAGGGAAAAACAUGCAAUCCUCUAGUGUCAUGUGCACUCUGUUGGGGGUGAACACCUUGGUUCCGGUUAAACAGCUAAUCUGUUGACAGCUGUGCCAGGAAGGGUUAGGACCAACUACAAAUUAAUGUGGGCUGUAAAAUGUAGUGUGUUUCCCUAACUUCCUGUUUUUCCUGAGAAGAAAAUAAUAAAUCUUUUAUUCAAAUGCAA